UCACCCGCCGCGGCCGCCGGGGAGUCCGGAUCAGCAAAGCGAACGCACCCCGACCGCAGAGUCUGUGUGUGUGUGUGUGUGUGUGUGUGUGUGUGUGUCUCUUUCUCUCUCCUCUCUCUCUCUCUCUCUCUCACUCCUUCACUCUCUCGCGCGCUCUCUCCAUCUCUCCAAACUUUGGAGACUUUUGCGCGUCAGCAGCGCGCGCGGUGGAUUUUGUUGAUUUGGACCUUCAAAGUAAAACAGAACCGGUUUGAGGAGGACGAUGAUCCUGGAGGAGGACCAGCUGCCGCUCCACUGAGAACAUGGAGUCGUGUACAGGCGGCAGAGGUGGAGGCGGAGGAAGGUGGAGGCUCCGUCAUGUGGUCCCAGUCGUCCUGCUGUGGAUGACUCUGCACAGGACUGUGCUGGGCUGCAGCUCCACGAACUGUAACAUGGUGCUGACAGAGGCCCAGGGGGAGUUCACGUCGCCCUGCUACCCCACGAAUUACCCCAAUUCGCAGGCCUGUAAAUGGACCAUGCAGGCCCCCACUGGCUUCAUCAUCCAGCUCUCCUUCCUUGACUUUGACCUGGAGGAGGCGCCGGGCUGCAUCUACGACUGGGUUGUGGUGAACACGGGAAACACAGAUGUUAAGUUCUGCGGCCCGACGGCCAACGGGCUGAUGCUAAACUCGACGGGGAACGUGAUGGAGCUGUCCUUUACCUCCGACUUCAGCGUGCAGAAGCGCGGGUUCCGCGUUAGCUUCCAACACGUUGCCGUGGCCCUGAGGAACCAGAAGGUCAGCAUAUCUGCCGGCAAUAGCUACGUCACCCAGAUCUCCAACUCUGUUUCCAUCCCGACUCUCAGUGACCUGACAAUAUGCUUUGAGGUGCAGCGCAGCAGCCAGAAAUUGAAAGAAUGGAUCUUCACCUACGACAGUAACAACAAGGUGGGGCUGAGUUUGGGCUCUGAUCUUAACAACAUGAAGAUCAUCAUCGACGGGGUUUCCUGUCCAAUCGACACCCUCAUUGACCCCACCGACUUCACCUCCACCAUGAAGCCUUUUUGUGUGGUCUGGACAUCAUCGAGCGGCCGAGUGUCGCUCUAUUCUAAAGGAGAAUACUGGGCCAAGACCUGCUCCUCCACUGCUGGGCACUCUGUGCAGGGUGGAGGAGUCUUCAGGUUGGGAGGGCAGCAGAGCUUUGACGGCUUCAUCUAUAACGUCCGGCUGUGGGACGUCGCCAUGACGUUGGAGCAGCUCCAGGCGUUAACGUGCGACAUGGUGGGGAACGUUACAGACUGGGACAACAGCCACUGGACCAUCCCGUCCGGGGAGGCCCAGACGGACGCCACGCUCAGCUGCAGUGCCUCCAUGCCCAACACACCAGUCACCACCAGCUGCACCGCACCGGACUGCUCAGUUCUCCCUCCCAUCACUCCAUCUCCAUCCACCAUCCCUACCACUAGCAUGCCACUAACCGCAACCAUCAGUACCACCACCACCACCACCACCAUCAGCAGCAGCACAGCCAGCUCCUCCUCCUCCUCCUCUGCCCAACAGACAACCAGCAGCACGUCAACUGUUUCAUCUGCUACUACUAACCACCCAGAUACUAACCCCCCAACACAUGUUUCAAGUGCAACUCCUCCAUUGACGACAACUACUAACAAUCCAGAUACUAAUACUGACUCCGAAUGGGUCCCAACUCCUCCACCGAUGUUACUAACUACUAACCAACCAACCACUAAUAUAGCUGUUACUACUGCUUCCUCUUGGGAGCGGCUGUUCUACAGUGUUUCUUUUGUGGUGGAUGGUGACGGCACGCAUUUGGCCCUGGCUGAUGUUGAGCAGGCUGUGGAUUUAUGGCUCAAUCUAACAUUUGUGAACUGGAACUUCACAGUCUACCCCGACCCUGUCAGAGUCUUACAGAGUGCUGAAAACCCGACAAGUUUUAACUGCCAGGCCUUGCUGCUUCAUUAUUACCAGACCAAUCAGAGUCUGGGGAAAGCUGCACUGUCUGCCCAACUGUCCAGCAAAAAGGGACAACUGGAUUCCAAGUUGAACUUCCAGCCCGACUCCACCAAUAUCAAAUUGAUCGAAAACUGUCCGGCGGAGAAAACGUUCCACUACGACUGGCCUGAGACCAAACCCGACGACAUUCACUACCUUCCCUGCUUCCCCAACAAAGACCAGAACAGCUCCAGGAAAUGUGUCUUGGACCGACAGAACCUCUCGUCCAGUUGGUUGACUGCAGACAUCAGUAACUGCUUGGACAUCAACUCCAUUCAGGUGUCGGCAGAAAAUGCGUCUGAAGUGGCCGAGCAGCUCGCUGACUUCACCGUCAAUGAGCUGUCCAAGGAGGAGGUGUCGAAAGUGGUGAUGAAGGUGAAGGAGCUGAUGAACGUGGCAAAAAUCAACUCCACGCUGGCGUCCACCGUCGUCACCAUCUUUUCCAACGUCAUGAUGAGUUCAGAGACCGCGCUCGUUUCGAACUCUAAGACCGCCCUGAAGACAGUCGAUGAGCUGGUCCAGAAGUUGGAGUUUGAGGGUCCGUCCAUCAACAUCACCUCUAAAAACCUUGCGUUGGGAAUAUCGACCUUCAACACCUCCGCGUUCAACGGGACAACCUUCAGUGCCUUUAUUGCUCCAAACAGCAAUGACCCACAGGUUGGUUUUGAAUCUAAGCCAGCUAACGCUUUGGGUCGGGUCACCCUCCCCGCCUCGCUGCUGAACAGCAGCGCUGCAGACAGAUCAUCUCUGUCCAGGAUCAGCUUCAUGUUCUUCAGCAGCACAAACAUGUUCAAGAAAGAGCAGGACGGACUGGCCCUGAGGAGCUACGUGGUGGCGAGCAGCGUCGGGAACGUCUCCAUCAGUAACCUGAUAGAACCGGUGGUGAUUGAGAUCGCUCACCUGUCUGAAGAGCCGGCCCUGAAUCCAGUCUGCAUGUUCUGGGACUUCAGCAUGAAAGAUGGUGCCGGAGGCUGGAAUGGAGACGGCUGCAACGUCUCCAAAGAAUCCAGCAGCAACAAAACCGUCUGUCACUGCGACCACCUGACACACUUUGGCAUCCUCAUGGACAUUUCUGGAGCUUCGGCCACCUUGAGCGCAAAGGACAACCAGAUUCUGACCUUCAUCACCUACAUCGGCUGUGGUAUCUCCGCCAUCUUCUCUGCCGCCACGCUGCUCACCUACAUCGCCUUUGAGAAAGUACGGCGGGACUAUCCCUCCAAGAUCCUGAUGAACCUCAGCACGUCUCUGCUGUUCCUCAACAUGGUCUUCCUGCUGGACGGCUGGCUAGCAAGUCUGGAUAGUGAAGGGCUAUGUCUCUCCAUCGCCAUCUUCUUGCACUACUUCCUGUUGACGUCCUUCACCUGGAUGGGGUUGGAGUCCAUCCACAUGUACAUCGCUCUGGUCAAAGUCUUCAACACCUACAUACGCAGAUACAUCCUCAAGUUCUGCCUUAUUGGAUGGGGUCUCCCUGCACUGUUGGUGGCGAUUAUUGUUUCUGUGGAUCAAAAAUCUUACGGCCGGCAGGACUACGGCAAAGAGGAGUCGAGAAAUGGAUCCUCGUUCUGCUGGAUUCAAAAUCCAGUUGUCUUCUACACCACCUGCGUCGGUUACUUCUGCCUGGUGUUUCUGCUGAAUGUGGCCAUGUUUGUGGUGGUGAUGAUGCAGAUCUGUGGCCGCAACAGCAAACGCACCAACCGCACCCUGCGAGAAGAGGUUUUACGAAAUCUGCGCAGUGUGGUCAGCCUAACCUUCCUGCUGGGGAUGACGUGGGGCUUCGCUCUGUUUGCAUGGGGACCCGUCACCCUGGCCUUUUUGUACCUCUUCACCAUCUUCAACUCACUGCAAGGUCUCUUCAUAUUUAUCUUCCACUGUGCCCUGAAAGAAAACGUCCAGAAGCAGUGGAGGAGGUACCUCUGCCGUGGUCGAUUCAAGAUGUCAGACAACUCAGACUGUAGUAAGACGGCGACCAACAACACGAAGAAGGUGAGCUCAGACAACCUGGGCAAGUCUCUGUCCUCCAGCUCGUUCGGCUCCAGCAACACCAACUGGACGUCCAAAGCUAAAAAUACACUCAACCCGUUCAACAAGAGACACAGCAACUCAGAUAAAUGUUACUCCAACCAGACCAUCCCUAAGUGCCUCUCCUCGUCCCCAUCCUCCUCAACGGUGGAAGCCAACUCCUCGUCCUCCUCGUCCUCCAUCCUCCCUGUCAGCCAGAUGAUCGACAAGGUGAAAGAUUACUGUACCACGCGCUCCGACAACUUCUACAAGAACAUCAUCAUGUCUGACAGCUUCGCCAACAGCACCAGGUUCUAGAACUUUCUUCAGCGCUCUUGGAGCAGACUUUCCAAAGCCUUUCCCCCUCCUGUGUUUUUUUGGAACUGUUGUGAUUUGUUCUAGAUCCUUCUGUUGAGAUCAUCGUCCUCGCAGCAGCUUCAGUGACGGAAGAGGCCUCUGAUGUCGAGGGCCUCAAUGGGACCCGCCUCGCUGUUCUGGAACUGCCCCCAAUGUUAUUUAAGGCUUCUCUUUUUGUUUCCGGAACUGUCGCCCGACAUUCUUAGAACAUUUCCGUGUUCUGGAGCUGCGAUCCUCGACGUUCCAGAACUCUCCGACAGCCUCACGGGAGAGUUCCACAAUUCCAAGGUCCUUUACCGAAACCUGUCCAAUGUUCUACGUGUUCUGGAACUGAAUUCUGUCCAGGUUCUAGAGCACAGCCUCAGAACCGGGUCUAGAAUGUUCAUUUUUCUCAAAGCUACCAUCAAGAAAUCCUAGAUACCUUCCCACCAUCCUCACUUGCCCCUGGAGCUUUGAUUUGGAAUCUCUUGUUUUAAUUUGAAUGUGUUUCAUCAUGUACAUUGUCGGCUGUUGUAGGAGCUCCAGUUUUACUGAUUUGCAAAAAAAUGCACGAUUUCCGUCUCUAUAUUUAAUCAUCAGAAUUCAUGAAGAGCUGGUUGGUUUGCUGUGACAGAGUACUAAUUAGCAGUUUUCCUCAGUGCCAAUGUAGAAUAGAGUAUGAAGUAGAAAAUGAACGAAAAGCUACAUGAUUUAAAUCAGAGCCACCACCUUAAUGCACUGUCUUUGCUUUGUAUGAAAGUGACGCUAAUCAGCAACAAUCUGCCUAUUCAUGCAGCCUGUGAACAAACUGCUAAAAAACCCAGAGACCAUGUCAACAUAAUCACGGACAAAGCUGUACAUUAUCAUUUGAAAUCCCAGGGUGUCCUGGAUAGUUCGAGGUGGUCAGAGAACAUUGAUGCGAUUCUACUGUAUCAUAUCAAAUUCAAGAAUCGGCUGACCGGGCUGCCAGAAGAGGAAAUGAAAGGGAGCAGAGGAGGGAGGAAAGGAUCAACACAAGGUGGGAAGGUGGAGAAGAGGGGAAAAUGUUCUGGUAGAAGAAAAGUAGGCUGUUAUGUCUUGGUGUUUUCUUAAUACUGUGAUGUUUGUUUAAACUGGCUGUGUGCAUGUGUGUGUGGAGCCAUAGCCUAUGUAAAUACUGAUGAUUUAUCUAUUCUAUGUGCCUUAUUCUAGAGUGUUAUAAUGUGUCCAGAUGCUUGCUUUUGUUCAUGCCUUUGCGAGGUCCUGGAAAGGUCAGCAUACUCCGAAUGCCCACGCUCUGUAGGCACGCAGUCCAUUGCCGAUUUCACAUCGAGAAACAAGUCGUGGUGAAAUGAAGGGCAGAAAUCCUGAGAUGGAUGAAACAGAACAGAAUACAAUGGAAUGGUUUAUCUUCCACCACAAGUGCUUUUUGGUCCGACUCUCAAACAGUUAUUUGAACAUAUUUACAUUCUAUUAUAAUGUAUAUUAUCACAAAAAAACAAAGGCGGUGUUCCUAAAAAUGGAAGCAUAUUGUCACACAUUUUGAAUUUAUAUUGAAAAUCUCUGAAAUGUCACUUAUCCUAGAGUUAUUGUUUGUUACUAUAACCAGCUGUCUGCACGUUGACAAUCACACCAUGAUUUGGUGGUAUGAGGGUAAAUAUUAGUCCCAAAGGAGAUAUUCAUCCAACUCCCUCAGAUGCAGGUGUGUUGGAAACUUCCCACACUCUGUUCUUGCUCAGAAUCACAAUUUAUUAAUCAUACUUGAUCGUUUCUGUGAUGAUGAGACAAAAAAAACUGUGUGUGGGAAUUUCUUUUCACAAUAUUAAAUAAUAAAAACCAAACUAAUCUGCGCUCCCUGUGCACGUCAGCCAGAGUUUAGCGAUUAUACAGGGUGUAGUUUAUGGAAACAGGAGUACUGUUCAAGUGAAGAAUCUUUGUGUUCAGAUUCUAUUUUUUUAUUCAGCAUUUGAUAAUAGCUUUGUUUUCAAGACAGCAAAAAUAACUCUGAGCGUGAAUAAAUACACUAACCGUGACGCUGGCAGGAUCAUCAUAUUAUUAUCAUCUCAGUGCAGCCAGAUUACAAAAAGGUUUUCCUUGCGGUUUCUAGCCAUGCACAUAGUUUGUGUUUAAUUCAGCUGGGUGCCUGUCAACACCAAAUAUAACAAAGGUGACAAAAAAUUCACUUAUGGUGUGAUAAUAAACAGAUGAAAAACUCAACACCUACUUGUCUUGAGCAGAAACUAUUUCAAACAUUUUACCAUAAAAAUAAUCGACUUGAACGUGUUGACAGUGCGGUCUGCAGAUGAUCCUGAGAAAUCGCAUGGCUGUCAAGUUUUUCACGUGUCAUUUAUUCACUUAUCUUCACACCACAAGUGAAAUUCUCUUCAUAUCAACAAAGCAGUGCAGAUCUAAAAACCUCAGCGCAGAAAAAAAGACUCAUUGAAAGCAGAAAGAAGAAAAUCUGUUUUUGUUUUUGGGAUUUGAAUGAGCCAACCUUAGAAUGAAACGUGUGGCGGGCUCUAACACAAGUUUGUCAUUUAUCAAGAAUCAUCCUUUUUGGUCGAUCACAUUGUAACCCAAAGAUUUACCCAUACUCAAAUAUCAGUAUCCGGUAUGUCCCUGUUAUACCAUCCAUUUAAAAUAUAAAUCCAGAGUAAUUAAAUUUGAUUAAACUGCAGAAAGCCAUGACAGUCAACACAUCCUGUCCUUCUCAGACUUCAAAACAGUCUUUCAACAAGCCUCCAAGCAUAAUUGUGCUCAACAUCCGUUCAUAAAUGAUUCCUUUUCCAUAAAACUCAAGCCAGAAAAAUGGCAUGCCACUUCGAGAAAUUAGUUUCUUGUACAGAAUUAUGGACGCAAGUCCAAACUUUAUUGAUUUGUAAAGAGUUUCCUCCAGCGACCAGAAGUCACUCUUUGUCCAAUGUAGAACGUUCAGUCAUCAGCAAAGAGUUCAGUUGCAUUUGUAUCGUUGAGACCUUGAAGAUGUUAAGUUGCUAUGUUACUGAAACUGAUUGCUGUUACUGCUGUGGUUCUGUCAGGGUUCUGUUCAGACUUCAUUUGAAUGACAAAGUUCUGGUUUGUAAAAGUCGCUUGCCAUUUGUUGCACUGCCUCAUUAAAAGCUUUUAAUUUAGCUUCGUUUUGGUAUAUGGAAUAUUUCUCCGACACUAAGGAGUAUGUGGUAUAGACUUUAUAGGUCCAGUGGUUCUGAAUAAUUUCAAAAUAAUUUCCUUGGAAUAGCUCAUUUGGUACCAACUAUAGGUAAAAUGGAGGCAAAGUUUAAGAACAGUUGUUGAUUUCCAAAGAACAUCCUGCAAAGAAAAAGCUUAAUUUAAACGUAAAGUAAAAAUGUAUCUUCACUUAAUUAUUUCUGUAAAUUUUAUUCUUCGUAUGUUCAGCUGACCUGAAUAAAGGACUCUUCAGGGUUUCACUA